AUAAGAUAAGGAACAGUGACGGAGAUGGCUGCCAGUAAACACAUCUUAACCCUGUCCGAGGAUUUAACCUGCUCCAUCUGCCUGUCUCUGUUUGUGGAGCCGGUGCGGCUGGACUGUGAGCACAACUUCUGUAAAUCCUGUAUCCAUAAGUGUUGGGGAAAGCAGAGUCAGGCUGUGUCCUGUCCGGAAUGUCGAGUGGUUUUCCCCCAGGGAAGUUUCACCAGCAACAGGGUGUUGGCCAAUCUCUGUGAGAAAACUCGACAGCUGAGAGUGGAGGAGAGUCUGUCUCCCUGUGAGGAACACGGGAAGAGGCUGAAUGAGGACACAGAGAGGGAGCAGUCUCACUGUGAGGAACACGGGGAGAAGCUGAUGCUGUUCUGUGAGGAGGAGGAGAUUCUGAUCUGUGCCGAAUGUGUCGAUUCUCCCGCACAUUCAGACCACAGGUUCCUGCCGAUACAGAAGGCAGUUCGAACGUACAAGGACCAGCUGAAAUCAUCGUUGGAUUCCAUGGAGAAUGAAAAGAAAGAUAUCAGUGAAUUAAAACAGCAGCAGGCGAGGAAGAUUUCCGAACUGGAAGAAUUCACUGGAUCCCUGGAGCAAGACAUCUCUGCACAGUUUGCUAAAAUCCAUCAAUAUCUUGAAGAGAAAGAGAAAGAUUUAAUCAAAGAGCUGAGGAGACAAAAGGAGGAAGAUCUGCGACCAAUGGAGGAGAACCUGAAAAGAAUUGAAGAGGAACUGACGUCACUUGAGGAGAAGAUAUUGAACCUUUGUGUAGACAUCGAGCAGCAAGAUGAUAUCUCUUUUCUCAAGGAGCUGAAAAGAUUGAGAGAAAGCUAUGGGUUAAAGAUGAGAAAGUGGGACAUGCUGAGAAUCUUUGGGGUGAAGCAGACAGCAAGAAAAUCUAAGAUCCAGAUGAAGACGACACUGGAGCUUCAAAGAUCGAAAUACACAGGAUUUCAAGGCCCGUUACUCUACACAGUGUGGAAGAAAAUGAAACAGGCCAUCUCGCCAGUUGCUGCCGUGCUGACCCUGGACCCACACACAGCUCAUCCUGACCUCAUUAUGUCUGAAGACCUGACCAGUGUGAAAAGCAGCAACAGAAGAAACCCGAUGCUUCCUGAUAAUCCGGAGAGAUUUGAUGUGUGUCUUUGUGUCCUGGGGUCACAGGGAUUCACAUCAGGGAAACAUUACUGGGAGGUGGGGGUCAGAGACAAAACUGACUGGGACGUGGGUGUGGCCAGAGAGUCAGCCAAUAGGAAGGGUAAGAUAACACUGGGUUCUGAACACGGUUACUGGGCUUUGUGGUUGAGAAAAGGGAAUGAAUAUAAAGCUGUCGAAUCAGUCACCCUGACCCCAAGUGUAAACCCCAGGACCAUCGGAGUUUACCUGGACUAUGAGGGAGGACAGCUGACCUUUUACAAUGCUGAUGAUAUGUCCAUUCUCCACACUCUCACUGACACAUUCACUGAGAAACUCUUUCCUUAUUUCUGGGCUGGAUCAUACAGCCAUGGUAAAAAUGCUGCUCCUCUUAAACUGCGUCAUUUUGAACAGUUGAUUUCUAAAUGUGUCAGAUAUUAAGGGAAAUGGUGUUGGGAAGGGAGAGCAUCAGAGGGUAGUGGUGGGGGCUGGGGGUUGCGGGUGCGGGUGUUGGAGGAAGGUAAAACUAAAAUGUCAUGAAAUGUGAUCCCAGGCCAUUGUGAAGAAACAUGACCAUUUUUGAGGUUGUGGGUCACGAACUUGUCUGCGUCUCGCUCUCACACUGUCACUGGGAACACAAUUGAAAAUUAAAGCUGUCUGGCUGUGAUCCCCAGGGUCCUGGAAACCCUUGAACUAACUGGAGACAGGAGGAGUUUGGUUGAGCAGGAAGUGCUUUUCCACUCCUAGGUGAGCUUCCAACUUCAUAUCCCCACCUCCACUAAAACCGUCCAUGUCCACUGUAACAACACCUGACUUUGUCCCUGUCUUAGCUCAUGUGCUACUGAAACUCUCAUUCAUGCCCUUAUUACCUCUCGACUUGAUAUUCCAAACCAAUCCUUGCUGGUCUCCCACAUUCUACCCACCAUAAACUUAAUCAAUAUUUUGCCUCAGUUUUCACGGUGGAGGACACUAGUAGAACCCCAAUAGUAACAGGUAGUACAGAGGGUAUAGAGAAGGGGGAACU